ACGGGGUCGGGGCACUCGGGGCGCGCAGUCUCACUCUGCGGACGCUCGCGGCGGUGUGUGCGGCAGCCUCUGCGUCUUCCCUGAGCCACAAGGUCCGGCGGCCAGAAAUUCACCAUGUCUAUUCUCAAGAUCUGUGCCAGGGAGAUCUUUGACUCUCGCGGGAAUCCCACCGUUGAGGUUGAUCUCUACACCUCCAAAGGUCUUUUCCGAGCUGCUGUGCCCAGUGGUGCUUCAACUGGAAUCUACGAAGCCUUGGAGCUGCGGGACAAUGACAAGACUCGCUACAUGGGGAAGGGUGUCUCAAAGGCUGUUGAGCACAUCAAUAAAACUAUUGCGCCUGCCCUGGUUAGCAAGAAGCUGAGCGUCGUGGAGCAGGAGAAGAUCGACAAGCUGAUGAUCGAGAUGGACGGGACAGAGAACAAAUCCAAGUUUGGUGCAAACGCCAUCCUGGGGGUGUCCCUUGCUGUCUGCAAAGCUGGCGCCGUGGAGAAGGGGGUGCCCCUGUACCGCCACAUCGCUGACUUGGCUGGGAACUCGGAAGUCAUCCUGCCAGUCCCCGCAUUCAACGUCAUCAACGGCGGCUCUCAUGCCGGCAACAAGCUGGCCAUGCAGGAGUUCAUGAUCCUGCCCAUCGGUGCAGCCAACUUCCGGGAAGCCAUGCGCAUCGGGGCUGAGGUUUACCACAACCUGAAGAACGUCAUUAAGGAGAAAUACGGGAAAGAUGCCACCAACGUGGGGGAUGAAGGCGGAUUUGCUCCCAACAUCCUGGAGAAUAAAGAAGCCCUGGAGCUGCUGAAGAAUGCCAUCGCGAAGGCUGGCUACACUGACAAGGUGGUCAUUGGCAUGGACGUGGCCGCCUCCGAGUUCUUCAGGUCUGGCAAGUAUGACCUGGACUUCAAGUCUCCCGAUGAUGCCAGCAGGUACAUCACCCCCGACCAGCUGGCCGACCUGUACAAGUCCUUCGUCAGGGACUACCCAGUGGUGUCCAUCGAAGACCCCUUUGACCAGGAUGACUGGGAAGCUUGGCAGAAGUUCACGGCUAGCGCAGGCAUCCAGGUGGUAGGGGACGAUCUCACGGUGACCAACCCCAAGCGGAUUGCCAAGGCCGUGGACCAGAAGUCCUGCAACUGCCUCCUGCUCAAGGUCAACCAGAUCGGCUCCGUGACCGAGUCCCUGCAGGCGUGCAAGCUGGCCCAGUCCAAUGGCUGGGGCGUCAUGGUGUCUCAUCGUUCUGGGGAGACCGAGGACACCUUCAUUGCUGACCUGGUGGUGGGGCUGUGCACCGGGCAGAUCAAGACUGGUGCACCUUGCCGAUCUGAGCGUUUGGCCAAGUACAACCAGCUCCUCAGAAUUGAAGAGGAGCUGGGCAGCAAGGCCAAGUUUGCCGGCAGGAACUUCAGAAACCCCCUGGCUAAGUAAGCUGUGGCCCAGUGAGCCUGAGCCGUCAGCCCCCAGCCGGCUGAUGGGAUCCUGCCCGACGAUGGUGCAGGCAGCGCCAGGCCCCCGACCAGUGCUCGCUGGGGCCUGCAGUAGUUAGCUCCCCUCUCCUGCCACUGCUUCCUUAGAACUUGGGCAGAAGCCAAGCUCGACCAGCUGGACCCCUGUUGGGAACCCUAGCCCUGUAGUACGUCAUCGUUCCUCACCUGCUUCCAGCCAGCGCCGGGAGCUGCGUUCUCCUCCACUGUCAUCUCCGAGGUCGAGGUCCCCACAGGCAGCAUCUGUGCAAAAUAAAGAGCCUCAGUGACUGUGA